GCCGGCUAACUCCGGAAGCGCCGCCGCGCGUCCCGACCCCUGGGUGGGCCACGGGGUAGCUGCCGGCUCUGCGAUGUCGGUGAGCCGGAGGCACGUGUUUGUUGAAAAGGUGCUGAAGAGACUUUUUCCUAAUGUUCCCAGUGGCCAAGAAAAGGAAACACCCCAGCUUUUGCCCUUGGAAACACCAUUCAGGAAGACAAUCUCUGAGAAAGUGGAACACAAGCGUAUUCAUCAUUUGACAGAUGGUGACAUUAAGAUCCAGCCUGAACGACGGCUCUAUACUGUUAGUUUGCCUCCUGAGGGGUAUGUUCCCUGUUUGCCAGAGCCCAGCAGCCGCACAGAUUCCGAGAGUGCCUCCAGUGGUCCAGAUGCAGAAGAUCAGGAUCCUCAUGGUCAGUCAAAAAGAAGAAGAAUUAGAAAGCAUAAAUCAAAGAAAAAAUUUAAGAAUCCUAAUAAUGUUCAUAUAGAACUGGCAGAAUUAGAGAAACAGCAGAAUCUUUUACAACAAAUACAGCCACAGCCGACAGAUGGCCCCAUAAUGAGCAAAAAUAAGAAAAGGAAGCUAAAAAAGAAGCGGCAAAUUAGAAGGAAGAAAGCAGCUGGCGUCGUAAGCAGGGCCACUGGCGUCAGCUUCCUGUACCAGCCUGAGGAGAGCGGCAGUGAACAGGACGACCUGAGGGGUGCUACACGAGGAGUCCAGCACUGCAAGGAGGCCGCCUCAGCAGAGGCCAGCCAAGAAGAAGAUGCGGCCACCACCCAGGAAGACUUUGAGAUUCACAGUCGAAAGGCAGAGGGCAUCCUGAACUUUCUGAAAUCAACACAAGAAAUUUAUUUCUAUGAUGGUGUUGCCCGAGACGCAGAUUCCGCUGUGUCAGCAGAGAGUGCCAAAGAGCUGCUCACCUGUCUUGAGUCUCGCAGCAUGUCUCCUUCUGACGUGUCCAUUCUGGAUCACAUGAGAACGCUGCUGCUUCUGCAAGACACUGAGCGACUGGAGCAUGCUCUGGAGAUGUUCCCAGAGCACUGCAUGAUGCCCCCCGACCAUGCCAGAGUCAUCUCAGCCUUCUUUAAUUACUGGAUUACACACAUCUUUCCUGAGAAAGACAGUGAGUGAAAUCAGUGUACCACUUUAAGAAGAGCUAGUAUUUAACCAGAAAAUGUAAAAGACAAAUACAGAAUAGACUAAGAGUUAAUUCUCAGGGUUGUGGCUCAGUGGUAGAGUGCUUGCUUGCAUAUGCAAGGCCCUGGGUUCCAUCCUCAGCACCACAUCAAAA